AAGAAGAACUAUAAGUAGAUGAUGAGAAGAGAAUCAGCGAGAGAAGCACAACAUGACUGAGAAGAGUGAUAUCUGUCUGCUGGCACUGAUCCUUCUCUCUUCACUAUUCACAGGUGUGAGUGGAGCAGAAGUGACUCGUGUGUUCAUCAGUUCUGGUGAAAGUGUGUCUCUGCCCUGUAAUGAUGCUCUUCAUCAAUGCUCCUCAACUACAUGGAUCUACAAUAAUUAUACAUCAUCAUCUGCAGUAGAAGUGUUUUUUGGAGGAAUAAACAAGAAUAACACAGAGAGAUCUGAGAGACUGAGUCUGACAUCUGAGUGCUCUCUCAACAUCUAUAACACAACACAACAUGAUCGUGGAGUUUACACCUGCAGACAAUAUGUGAAUGGACUUCAUCAUGGACCUGAGUCACAGGUUUAUCUCCAUGUUCUUCAUGUGUCUUCAUCAUCAUCAUCAUCAUCAUCACAGACUGAGAUAAGAGCAAACACAUCUGUCACUCUCUCCUGUCAGCUGUGGUCACAUGACUGUGAUUAUUUGCUCCGUGUUGAUGGAUUUCAGCUGGUGUGGAUGAAUCAGGCUGAUGUUGAUCUACAGACAGACUCCAGAUAUCAGAUUAGAUCAGAUGAACAUGAUUGUCUCAUCUCUCUGACUACAACACUGGUGAAUGAAGACAACAACACAGAGUUGAGAUGUGUGCUCAAACACAAGAAUGACAUCAAGACCUCAGUCACACAUACGGUCAGAUUUACAGAUUCAAACAAGAUUCUAGUGACCGCCACAAACCCCGAGAAAACAUCCACAUCAAACAGAUCGGAGAGUGUAAACUGCAGUGAGUUUGCUGUGUCAUUCAUAAGAGUGAUUCUAGUGAUCGUUGAGGUGUCAGUGUUUGCUGCUCCUACUGUCAUUCUUCUUCAGAUCAUCUGUGCACGAAGAGCUGAAAACAGAAGAAGGACUCAGAACACUCAUGCAGAAGACACAGUGAUGUCAGCAGUUUUGGAAUAAAAUCCUCUCUUUGUGACUAACAGAGAAAAUUACAGCGAGCUUUAUUUGAUCAGAUUUUAUACAUAUGUGCAUAAUGCUUUUAAACGACGCUUAUUGUCACGCUUGUUUUAAACUGAAGGUGAAAGUGACCUGUUUAUCAAGUAUGGUGACCCAUACCCGAAAUGUGCUUUUAACCCAUCCAGAGAGUAGUGACCACACGUACACCCGGAGCAGUGGGCAGCUAUCACUGCAGCGCCCGGGGAGCCAGUAGGGGUCAGGUGC